CAGGAGGGAGGAUCGGUAUUCAAGUACUUUAUCGCUGAUAAGAUGGCGGCACGUUUUUCGCGUCAAUUGCUGCGGCGUGUUGGAGCCACCCCCGCUCGCACUCUGUUCUCCUCUCGAACCUUUGCAAAUGCAGCGAGGGGCCCCGACGAAGCGCUCAAGACGGACUUCAAGCGUUGGGUGAAGAAGGAGGUCGCUCUGUUGGCGUUCAUGCUGGCGGCUGGAGUUACAGGCGUCCACUUCUACCAGAGUCGUGAAGGUGCUCCAGUGAAGCAAGUCGAGCGGUUGGUCAAGCAAGCAGAGCAGAGCGCUAAGGAGGGGGACCCGAAGCAGGCGCUGAAGCAUUGUCUGCAUGCUUACGACGUCAUCAAAGAUACCAACCCUCACGAUCGGCACUUGUUUGAGUUGGCGUUCUCUAUUGCUGCGCAGUAUGAGUCACUGGGUAGAGGUACGCCUGCAACAAACUACUACCUCGAUGCGUUGGAACACAAUUCGCGCGAGAUGAACGUCGCCACGAGGGAGCGGAACCGGGUGGUCACACUCGACCGUAUCGCACAGUCCUACGAGAACAGGGGACACGUCAAGACUGCGGAGAGGUAUUUCAAACAGGCGAUUAACGCGUACGACCAGAACCGAGGGAGACGAGAGCUGUCGAAGGCGUCAAAGAGUCAGGCUGUGGACCUCGCGGCGCUCGAUCGGGAGAUUCCAGGGGUACUUUUCAACUACUCACAGCUGCUGGUGGCGAACAAACGCUGGAAUGAGGCCGGGAAUACGCUACAGCGCGCCUUGACUCUCGCACGCGUGUCCUCGCUGUCUGACGAGUAUGUGGGGCUUAUUGAAGGUGCAGUGGCCAACGUCAAAGCAGCGAAGGUGGCGGGAAAGGCAGAGGUCGAACAGAACCAACUUGCUCUUGGUCACCAAGAGCUGCAGUAGGCCUCCUUGUGAGUCGGGCGAAUCGCAAUCAAAGCUUGCGAGGGUGUUCCGAUGCCUCUUUGGUCUACGAAUCGCAUGUUUCCGUCGAUAGAAUCGAUACUGGAUACCUUUCCAGAUAUCUGGGUGUGAAGUCUGAAGUUUGUAGAUGUAAUGCGAACUACAGACAGGGCCAAGUUGAUAACGGCCAAGGCGUUUGUUGCUUGCUCGAAGUGUUGCCCUUGCUGCUCGAGACAUUGACGACUACCGGUAUGCGAUACGGUCGCUUUAGAGAUAGAUGCGUCAAGUCUUGAGGUGAGAUGUCAAGACCAAGCUAAGCGAUGGCACCACAGAGAUCAAUCAGCUCACAGAGCUGGCAAUGUGCCUCGUCGAUCGCUGAUAGAAAAUGAAGGCCCUUUGACGCUGACCAAGACUUUCGUGUCCGCAUACU